AUGCAUUCUGUGAUAUUUUUGUUAUGUUUUUCUACAGUAUUCUCAUUAACUCCAGAAACAGCACAUAUCCAUAUCAACCAACAGAUUUACAAUUGUCGCCUACCAGAUAUAUUACCUAUACAAAUACAUAUAGAAGAUCAACAUAUAGACUGUGAUUUGCAGAAAAACUCCGAUGUUGGUACAGAUGUACCUAUGUUUACCCUCCAGUCUUCCCCUAGUGGUCAACCAGUUGUUGUUCCUGAACAGUCCCAAACUUCUGAGUCAAAUAAUACAGCAUAUCAAAAUACAGAGAAAAAUAUAGCAUUAGUAUUAAAGUGUUCAAUAUUAAACGAUGGUGUAUCUUCUUUAACAUUAGAAGGUUCAAUAACCUUUGACGGUAAAGAAUAUAUUAUUACCAAAUCACAUCGACAUCGUCGACAAGCCAAUGAUUCAGCAGACGAAGAAUACAUUUUACAUAAACAGAAAGAUCUACCUCAACUCCAUCAUGAUUUUAAAGAAGCUUCAGAUUAUAUGGUGACUCGGAAAGAAGUCGAUCCUUUUAGAAAGGGUUAUCUCCCCCUUGCUGUAUCUGCUCCUAGAUUUAAAAGAGCUACAACUACGUAUAAUAUAGAUGUUGUCAUGGUGAUAGAUUACUCAAUUUAUAGUUUUUGGUAUCUCAAAAGUAAAAGUGUUGAUAGAAAGAGGGAUGCUUUGAAUAACAUCAGAUUAUAUUAUGCCAUUGUGGCCAAUGGAAUGAAUUUAAGAUAUAAGAGUAUAGAAGCUGAUUUUGCCAUAAAUGUUCGAUUAUCUAGUUUGAUUAUAGCAGAGACCCCGGGUACAGCCAGUUGGACAGAGAACGUGAGACAAACCCAGGUUCCUCGUGAUGAAGUUGAUUCUGAUAUAGUGUUAGAAUCAUUUAAAGAUUGGGUUGGUUCAGCUGACAGCCUACCUCAAUAUGAUCACAUGAUGUUAUUAACACGGUAUAAUUUGUAUUCUGAAACUGGUGGUAUUCGAUCUAACUCUACUGCUGGUUUGGCAUUUAUUGGAGCAAUCUGUGAUACAAGGGGACAAGCUACAUCAGUAGUAGAAGAUGAAGGAGGGUAUCAGUGUACUGAAACAGCUGCUCACGAACUGGGUCACAGUCUUGGAGCCAAACAUGAUGGUAUGAGUAUAAUGUGUAGUGAUUCUGACAGAUAUAUUAUGACAGCCGGAAGUUACAGAUCAACACCUCAAACCAAAACAAACCCAUGGAAAUUUUCAUCCUGCUCUAUUGAAUACUUUAGAGAUCGUUUAGCUCGGGUUGCCAGGACUAGCCGUGGUAGACAAUGUUUAUACAACUCUAUCAGCAAGAGCAGCAACAUACCGGAAGUGAGUAAAACAUUACCAGGACAACUCCAUACUCCAGAUCAGAUCUGUCAACAGAUUUAUGGUCCAGCGUCUAGAAUGUGCAAGGGAGUAGAAUUCGGUAAACUCGAUGACAUUUGUACAUCAUUGUUCUGUUUGGAUCCCUAUUCUGAUGGUUCCUGCUACAAACAGGUCGCUCCAAGAGGGUUAUCGUGCGGUAAUAACAAGUGGUGUAUAGACGGAGAAUGUAAAGCUGAUUUCAGAGCACCAGAUUUAGACGAAACGUGUCCAUUUGGUAAUGUGGUUGGAACAGCCUUCAAUGGAUCAACUUGCGAGCAAUUCGUUAGUGGUUACCCAGCCUAUUGUUAUCAAGAAUUAGUUAAAGGGAGAUGCUGUCAAACUUGUUCAAAACAUUAUAUUGGAGUUUACGGUUGUGAAUAUGGUGAUAAAGGUUAUGGCUGUAACAGACUUGGUUGUGGUCGGAGAGAUACAAGGGGAGGUAAUUACAGUGCUACAUGUUGUGGUACCUGUAAUUAUAGAAUAGAAGUACCAGGCGGUAUUAAAACGACCACACGACAGACCUUACCACCCCGUACACAACCACCUCAACCUACUACUAGUCAAACUCAACCGCCUGCAACCUGUGUAGAUGUAUCAAAUAAUGUAGUUGGUGAUUCCACGUGUCAAGAGUUGGUUCCAGUUAGUCCGGAAUUAUGUUACCAUUCCUUCAUAUCAACAUCAUGCUGUCGAUCUUGUCAACUAGUCAAAACCAACAACCCUUAUUGUCCAUAUGGAGAUUCAAAUACCGCUUGCAAUAAAGGAUGGUGUGGCACACAAUUGGCAAAUGGAUCCUACUAUGACGAGAAAUGUUGCCAAACUUGUAAAUAUAAUGGUACCCCCCCUACCCGACCAACUUUUACGUCCACAACUUUAACUUCGUCUACCACAACGUCAACAACCCCAUCACCAACAUCAUCCACGACUGCUCCAACAUCUUCAACUACUCCGUCGACCACUACGACCACUACGACUCCAUCCACCACUACGACCACUACGACUCCAUCCACCACUACCACGGCUCCGGCUACCACUACGACUCCAUCUACUAAAACGAUUCCAUCUCCUACAACAUCUACUACUGUAGCACCCACCACAAAUAGCCCAUGUAAACCAAUUUCGGAGGAUCAAAUGAACUCUUGUCGAGAACUCAUAGCAUCGGAAGGCAUCCAUUCGUGUUAUAAUACAUCAAUUCAAGAAUUUUGUUGUCAAUCAUGUCUUGAAAAGGCUAAAUCGAUUAAAGCUUGUGAAUAUGGAGAUAAAAGUCCAGAAAACUGCAUGAGAAGAAUCAAUCUUGGUCAAUCUUGUGCUAACUUAACCAGCGAAUGUUGUGAGAGCUGCAAGAAUUACUUCGUUUCAGACAAUAAUUCCCCAGUUCUAACUUUAUCCUGGACAAUGUUAGUUCUUUUAAUGUGUUCAGUUUUAUAUGUAACAUUUUAA